AUGGGCAACAUCGUUUCAUAUUCGCUCGAAUCUCUCUACGGCAGCUUGACCUCAUACUUUGGCAAUCGUGAGAGUCGCAUCAUGAUCAUCGGUCUUGAUGGUGCAGGCAAGACGACAUUCCUCUACAAGAUCAAAGUGGGUAAAACCGUGACUACGAUCCCUACCAUCGGUUUUAAUCUUGAGAGCUUUAAUUAUAAGAACAUUAAAUUUACCGCUUGGGAUAUCGGUGGACAAGAGAAGAUCCGCUCUCUCUGGAUGCAUUAUCUCUACAAUAACGAUGCCAUUAUCUUUGUAGUCGAUGCAGCUGACAUUGAACGUAUUGACGAGGCAAAAGAGGCUUUGCAUCUUAUCUUUGAAUCGGAAGAGCUCGCUACUACGAAGCUACUAGUAUACGCGAAUAAACAGGAUCAACCUAACGCCUUGUCGGCAAAUGAGCUCCGAGAAAGAUUGGAGUUGCAGGACGUGACCAAGAAUCCCACCUACGUGCAGCCCUGCAUUGCAAAUACUGGAGAGGGACUGUAUGAAGGCCUCGAUUGGUUGAGUAAGGCAGUUAUAGGGGAGAUCUCAGUGUAG